UCUCCAUCACCGCCAUAUUCUCUCACACUCAUGGGCAGGGUCACCAAUCCAACUCCGUCGGCGGCGGCGCCACCGUCUUCACCGCUCAUGCACUUCAGCCACCCACACGAGCUCCACCCCCUCUCGCUCUACAACCCCCAGACUCUUUGUUCCGGAUGCAAGCUCCAAUCCAGUGGAACCAUGUACACAUGCAAACCCUGCAACUUCACCCUCCACCACUCCUGCGCCAAGCUCCCCCAGCUCAUCACCCACCCUUCCCACGGUGGCUGCACCCUUUCCCUCCUCACCACCGCCUCCUACCCCCGCGGCAUAUUCAGCUGCGACGCCUGCGGCCGCUGCGGAGACGGCUGGAGCUACCACUGCACCCGCUGCGAGUACGAUCUCCACGUCACCUGCGCCUCCAAGCCGCUCAAGAUCAGACACCAAGCCCACAUCUCCUGCGAGCUCGAGCUCACUUUCAAGGACCCGUAUGCGAAUUCUACGGGAUUCUCCUGCGAUAUUUGUCGCAGAAUCGGGUCCAAGCAGUGGCUAUACCGCUGCAGUUCCUGUGAAUUUGAUGUUCAUUUGGACUGUACAGCGGCAGCUCCGCCGCCUGUGCUGCAGCACCACCAUUCAUUACCUCUGGCGUCUACGGCAGCAUCUCCUUAUCAGAAUCAGUUGACACAUAGUUUAAGCACCGGCGGUAUGAACAUCCAUAGCCAAUUUCCAGCUCCGCCGCCUGCGGCGGCACCCCAAGUCAACGGCUCCAUAGGGCCGCCGCAGCCUUAUCUGAUGCACAGUGCGAGUACAGGUGGGAUCGGGAAUCCUCAUGGUUACGGUGUUAAUCAGUUUCCGGGUCAAGUCCCUGGAUCCGUAGUGCCGGGAAAUCAACAGAUUAAUCAGCCAGCGAGAGGUGAUGGGUUGGGAGGCAAUUUGAUGAUGGCUGCGAUGCAGGGAUUUGUGGAAGGGGCGUUUCAGGGAGUGGGGCAGACUCUUGUGCAAGAAGUCAUUGGCGGCGGAGAAGGUGGUGAUGCAGGCGGCGGAUCUUCUUAUUAAUCGAGGUCGAGAAAUGUCGAUUUUUGUCAUCUCUUUCUGGUUUAGGCGAUGAAGUUGAUCAAGCAGAACAGAUUACGUUGUUUUUAUUUCUUGGUUUUCUUUUUCUCAUUUUUUACUAUGGUUUUUGUUAAGCUGUUCUUAUUCCUAUGUGUUGGACAUUGCACACGCAAGUUGAAACUUGAAUCAAGACUAGCUAACAUCAA